UCCCAGUUCAGCCUCAGAGCACCUCUACCUGCAGAACAAGAUGGACGCUGCGUACAAGAGAGUGAACGGAUCCUCCAGCCCAGAGGAAGAGCAGGAACCCCAGGGGACCCCGGGGACAGGGAAGAGAAGAGGCUCCUACUUGGAGGAGGAAACCAACAAGAAAUCAGAGGUGAUUUCCUGCAUCUUCUCUCUGAAAGAAGAGGUCGGAGCUUUGGCCAAGACCCUGCGGCUCUUUGAGGAGAAGGGCAUCAACCUGACACACAUCGAGUCCCGUCCGUCGCAGAGGAACAUAGAGGAGUACGAGUUCUUCAUCAGCGUGGACCCCAGCUGCUCUCAGGCUCUGGAUGAGGUGAUCGACGGCCUGCGCACACAGAUCAGCGGCCACGUGCACGAGCUGUCCCGCAACAAAGAGAAGGACACAGUUCCGUGGUUCCCUAAGGACAUCCAGGACUUGGACCGCUUUGCCAACCAGAUCCUCAGUUACGGCUCGGAGCUAGACGCGGAUCACCCUGGAUUCACAGAUCCAGUGUACCGAGCCCGCAGGAAGGAGUUUGCUGACAUCGCCUACAACUACAGACAUGGCCAAAUCAUCCCCAGAGUGGAGUACACAGAGGAUGAAAAAGCCACGUGGGGCACUGUCUUCAUGGAGCUCAAGACUCUGUACCCGACUCACGCCUGUCGUGAACAUAACCGGGUUUUCCCUCUGCUGGAGAAAUACUGCGGCUACAGACCAGACAACAUCCCACAGCUGGAGGACGUCUCUCGCUUCCUUUCAGAGAAAACUGGUUUCCAGCUGCGCCCCGUGGCCGGCCUGCUGUCAGCCAGAGACUUCCUCGCCAGUUUGGCCUUCCGGGUGUUCCAGUGCACCCAGUACAUCCGACACUCGUCCUCGCCCAUGCACUCCCCUGAGCCAGACUGCUGCCACGAGCUGCUCGGCCACGUCCCCAUGCUGGCAGAUAAAGAGUUUGCCCAGUUUUCUCAGGAGAUUGGACUGGCUUCUCUUGGAGCUUCAGACGAGGACAUUGAGAAACUUUCAACGUUGUACUGGUUCACGGUGGAGUUCGGCCUCUGCAAGCAGAACGGAGAGGUGAAAGCUUACGGCGCCGGCCUCCUCUCCUCGUAUGGAGAGCUUGUUUACGCGCUGUCAAACAAGCCGGAGUACAAGGCGUUCGACCCGGAGGAGACGGCGGUGCAGCCCUACCAGGACCAAACCUACCAGCCCGUUUACUUUGUGUCCGACAGCUUUGAAGAUGCAAAGAUGAAGCUGAGGAAGUAUUCUGCGAGUAUCAAGCGCCCCUUUGCCGUAUGCUAUGACCCUUUUACCUGCAGCGUUGAGGUUCUGGACCAGCCGAGCAAGAUCCAGAACGCUCUGAGCCGGAUGAGGGAGGACCUGAAGACCCUUCACGGCGCUCUGGAGAAGCUCAGCGCAUCGUAG